AUGGACAGCGCGAACGAGUCGUCUUGUGCCAUGCAGCGACAUGAGCUCCCGUCAAGCGGACGUGAGGCUGCCCCCCUUUUGCAGCAGCAGACGCAAUCUCGACGAGCUGUGAGGCGACAAUGGCUGACCGGCAGACAGCUACGAGGCUGGCACGAGCAUUGUCACUGUCUGCUCGUCGACUUGGUCAAGGACUAA